GUUUUUCGGCACUUUUCGGUACGGGCCGUACGCCUACCUGCUGCUGGAGAUCUACCAGGGCGGUGAGCUGUGGACCAAGCUGCAGGAGAUGUAUGGAGUUGCAGGGAGCCAGGCCGUGCCGUGCCAGGCCAUCACUGUGUCCCUGCCGUGCAGGUGCUGCUUCGAGGAGCUGCUGGCUGUGUUUUGCUGCGCCUGCGUGGUCAAAGGCCUGGAGUACCUGCACGGCCGUGGCAUUGUCUACCGCGACCUCAAGCUCAAGAACCUCAUGCUGGACCAGCGCAGCUUCAUCAAGCUGGUUGAUUUUGGCUUUGCCCAAGAGCUGGGGCGAGGGGAGAAGACAUACUCCUUCUGCGGGACUCCCAAGUACCUGGUGCCAGAGACGCUGCGCCAGGAGGGCCACGACUUCACCAUCGAUUUUUGGAUGCUGGGCAUCCUCGCCUUCAAGCUGCUGGUGGGGAG